CUGCUCCUCCUCUUCGCGCAGCUCGCCCUGACCGCGCUGGCCCAGGAUGAGACGGAAUCUGAUGGAGAAGGAGAUGGUGAUAGUGAUGAGGAAGAGGAGGACGACGAUGAAGAGGACGAAGAUGAUUCUGUCAAGGAAGAAAAUGGCGUUUGGAUUUUGACGGAUGCAAAUUAUGAUUCCUUUAUUGCAGACAAGGAAAUUGUGCUAAUUGAAUUUCAUGCCCCUUGGUGUGAACAAUGUAAGCAGUUUGCGGCAGCAUACGAAAAGAUUGCUAGUGAACUAAAAGAACAUGAUCCUCCUAUCCAUGUUGCCAAAGUUGAUGGCUCAUCACAAUCUGGCCUGGGCGUUCGGUUUGAUAUUGGUAUAUACCCCACAUUCAAAAUUAUAAAAAAUGGAGAACCAAUUCACUACAAAGGACAAGUCUCGAAGGAUGAAAUUUUAUCUAAAGUGAAAGAAAUCGCUUCCCCUGACUGGGUUCCUCCACCUGAAGCAACUAUUGUCUUGACGGAAGAUAAUUUUGAUGAUGUGAUUAAUAAAGCUGAUAUCAUCCUAGUUGAGUUUUACGCUCCUUGGUGUGGACACUGUAAAAAGCUUGCUCCACAGUACGAGGAAGCUGCUCAGGAACUUAGCAAGCGUCCUGUGCCGAUUUUACUUGCUAAAGUAGAUGCUACUACUGAAACAAAACUUGCUAAUAAGUAUCAGGUUACUGGCUAUCCUACCCUGAAAAUUUUCCGCAAGGGUAAACCCUCUGAAUAUAAUGGACCAAGGGAUACUUAUGGUAUUAUUGAAUAUAUGAUUGAGCAGUCUGGCCCACCAUCCAAACAAAUACAAGCUCUUAAACAAGUUCAAGAAUUCCUUAAGGAUGGUGAUGAUGUUAUAAUUAUAGGGAUUUUUAAUAGUGAACAAGAUCCAGCUUAUAACAUUUAUCAAGAUGCUGGUAACUCUAUCAGAGAAGACUACAGGUUACAUCACACCUUCAACAAUGAAAUACAAAAAUUCUUAAAAGCAUCACCAGGACAGCUACUUAUGAUGCAACCUGAAAAAUUUAAUUCUGCAUAUGAGCCCAAAGUGCAUACCUUGACGAUCAAAGACUCGUCAGCUCCUUCAGAAGUGACAGAUUUUAUUACAAGUAAUGCUUUGCCUUUAGUUGGGCAUCGUAAGCAAAGCAACGAUGCAAAAAGAUACAGCAAGCGCCCGUUGGUGGUGGUGUACUAUGGCGUAGACUUCAGUUUUGAUUAUCGUGUGG